AUGUCUGCCGCUGCCGUCAACGAAUUGGCCGACAAGGUCCAGCAGACCUACCUUGAUGACGUGACUGGCGAGCAGGUCUCCAAGUCCGAACUCAAGAAGCGCCAAAAGACCCGUCAGAAGGCCGCCGAGAAGGCCGAGAAGGCUGCUAAGGCCCCUGCCGCCGCUGCGCCCAAGAAGAAGUCUGCCGAGGAGGAUGAGGCCGAGCUUACCCCCAACCAAUACUUCGAGAUCCGUUCCCGCGCCGUCAACAAGCUCCGUGGCAACCCCGAGACCAACCCCUACCCCCACAAGUUCCACGUCGGUACCCGAUUGACCGAGUUCAUCACCAAGUACGAGCACCUCGCCAAGGGCGACAUGCUCCCCGAGGAGAUCAUCACCGUCGCCGGUCGUAUCCACAACAAGCGUGAGUCCGGUGCCAAGCUCAAGUUCUACGACCUCCGCGGUGAGGGUGUCAAGAUCCAGAUCUUGGCUCAGGCCCAGGAGUGCGCUGGUGACUACGCUGCCAUGCACGACCACAUCCGCCGUGGUGACAUCGUCGGUGUCAAGGGUUACCCCGGUCGUUCCAACCCCAAGGGCCGUGAGGGUGGCGAGCUCUCCAUCUUCGCUACCGAGAUCGUCCUUCUCUCUCCUUCCCUCCACAUGCUCCCCACCGAGCACUACGGUCUCAAGGACCAGGAGACCCGUUACCGUCAGCGUUACCUCGACUUGAUCAUGAACAACAACACCCGCAACAAGUUCUUGAUGCGCUCCAAGAUCAUCAAGUACAUCCGCCAGUACUUUGACAACAAGGACUUUGUCGAGGUUGAGACCCCCAUGAUGAACAUGAUCGCCGGUGGUGCUACCGCCAAGCCUUUCAUUACCCAUCACAACGAUUUGGACCUUGACUUGUUCAUGCGUGUUGCACCCGAGCUGUACCUCAAGAUGCUCGUCGUCGGUGGUAUGGAGCGCGUCUACGAAAUCGGCCGCCAGUUCCGUAACGAGGGUAUCGACCUCACCCACAACCCCGAAUUCACCACCAUCGAGGCAUACUGGGCUUACGCCGAUGUCAACGACAUCAUGGACAUGACGGAGGAGUUGGUUUCCGGAAUGGUCGAGGCUUUGACCGGUGGUACCAAGGUUACUUACCACCCCGACGGUCCCGACGGCAGGGAGCUCACCAUCGACUUUGCGCGCCCAUGGAAGCGCUGCGACAUGAUCGAGACCCUCGAGGAGAAACUCGGCGUCAAGUUCCCCCCCGGCACCGAACUCCACACCAAAGAAACCGGAGAAUUCCUCUUGGCCCAAUGCAAGGCGCACAACAUCGAGUGUUCCCCACCUCUCACCAACGCCCGUCUCCUCGACAAACUGGUCGGCGAGUUCAUCGAGGAAUCCUGCAUCAACCCCACCUUCAUCAUGAACCACCCCCAAAUGAUGUCCCCCCUCGCCAAAUACCACCGUUCCCGCCCCGGAUUGACCGAGCGUUUCGAAAUGUUUGUCGCGACCAAGGAACUUUGUAACGCCUACACCGAGAUGAACGACCCCGUCGCUCAACGCGCAACAUUCGCGGAACAAGCCAACCAGAAGGAUUCCGGUGACGACGAAGCCCAAAUCAUCGAUGAGAAUUUCUGUACGUCGCUCGAGUAUGGUCUCCCCCCCACCGGAGGCUGGGGAUUGGGUGUGGACCGUUUGUGUAUGUUCUUGACCGACUCGAACAACAUCAAGGAAGUCCUUUUGUUCCCGGCAAUGAAGCCUGAUGUCAGUGCUGAUGUGGGUGUGGAAAGAGUACAUCAGUCAUAG